AUGACGGCCAUCUUUCCAUACUUCGAGAUCCCACCGCCCCAUGAAGGGGCCAUCGCGGUGUACAGCCGACCGAACCCCAACGGGCGCACUGAUGGAUAUUUCUGCACGAAGUGCGGGUCGCGCUUGAUCCAUGUCUCGGUCGGGCAUGAUGGCGUGCCGGAGCCGAAUCUGAGUGUCAAAUCGGGCUGUUUGGACGGCAUGACCAAGGAGAUGAUCAGGGGUGCCGUGCAUAUUUGGACCAAGGAGGCUGUCAUGGAUAUUCCGGAAGGGGUCGAGGCUUAUGAAGAGGAGCCUGUGGGUGGGAGUUUCAAGUGA